UGUUCCGGCCGCUCGAGGGCGAUAGCGUCCCGUCCGCGCCGCGAGACCACGGAAGUUGCGAGCGUGCUCCCCAGCGCAACCAAAACAAUGAAAGCUAUCGUUCAGAGGGUCACCAAGGCGACUGUGACAGUGGGAGAAGAACAGAUCAGCUCCAUAGGACGAGGACUGUGUGUACUGCUGGGUAUAUCAGUGGAGGACACCCAGAAGGAUGCUGACUACAUAGUACGCAAGAUCCUGAACCUGCGGCUGUUUGAAGACGAGAACGGCCGUGCGUGGAGCAAAAGUGUCAUGGACAGGGACUUUGAGGUGCUGUGUGUGAGCCAGUUCACACUGCAGUGCAUACUGAAAGGCAACAAGCCAGACUUCCACUCAGCCAUGCCUGCAGAGUUGGCCCAGCCCUUCUACAACAGCAUCAUGGAGAACAUGAGGAGCGCAUACAAGCCAGAGCUCAUUAAGGACGGGGAGUUUGGGGCCUACAUGCAGGUCCACAUUCAAAACGACGGACCGGUUACCAUCGAACUGACGUCACCUACUGGUCCCACAGACCCCAGACAGCUGUCAAAGCAGGAGAAGCAGCAGCAGAGGAAAGAGAAGACGCGCUCCAAGGGCCCCUCAGAGUCCAACAGGGAGAAAGUCACCCAACGUUCCCGACAGGACCACAAUGCCAGUAGUGGAGCUGACGGGGAUGUGUCAUCAGAGAGGGAGCCCUAGAUAGAUGUCUGCUGGAGACAUGACGGUGAGCCCACUUUCCUCAGGAAGGCCUUAAUCCUUAGUGACUCUUGAACCUGAUCGUGGACUGUCCUCCUUCCUGUUUGGAAAUCAGCAGGAUUCUCUUGGCCUGUCGCAGAACAUCGUUCCCUUGCUGGUGUCCUUGGCUUCUCUCCUCCUAAAUCAGAUAGGACUGGCUAGGUGUAAACACCACAAGACUGUUUUCUUAGAUUGAUGUUGGGAGACUGAAAAUGGGUGCAUAGAAAGGGAAUGGGUCGUAUGGGAUAGAACAAACAUCAGCUGUUAGGUUGUGCUCUCUUACUCUGUCUUUUUCCCCCACUGCCUAUCUUUCCAUGUUCCUGCCUCCAUCUGGCUCUGUCUCUGUUUCUCUUUCAGAUUCUCCCUGCCUGUCUCACUUAGCCUGCUGUUCCCACUUGAUCUUUGAUCACUUGACAUGACACUGACCCUGUAGCAUAACUCCUAGUCCUUGUCUUAUAGUACAGGCACAAGAACAUCAGGACAGUGAUAAUGUAAUAGGGCUGAACAAUUAAUCCAAAUGUUACUGAAAUCGCAAUAUUUAGUAACAGCAAAAUGUGUGUUGAAAUGCAAUUUUUAAAUUAAAUAUUUCCGUGCUGCAGAGAUGUCCUGGCCUACACGUCAUAUUCUGCAGACUUAAGAAAACUAUGAUUAGAACAGAACCUUGCAAAAAAUCACACCUUAAUUCAUUUUAAUGUUAUUCAAUAAAAAUGAGAAUAACAUCGCAAAUCCUAUCACAAUUUCAGUAUCAGUCAAAACAAUUGCAAUUAGAUUUUUAUUUUAAAAUCGCUUAGCCCUAUAAAGUGACCGCCUUGCCGAUUUCACUGCACCAGUAACACCUCAUACAUACAUAUAUAUAUAUAUAUAUAUAUAUAUAUAUAUAUAUGUCACAUGUGUAAUGUCUGUAAGGUUAUUGUGCCUGUAUGAAUAGAGUGUAUGUUUUAAGGUUCAACUGAAAUUGUUAAAGCACACAGGUAUUCUCUGUAAAAAUUUAUAUCUCAUAGUUAGGCACCAACCUCUACAAAACACUCACACACACACACAAAAAGCCUCCAACUACUCACAUUAAGUUACAAGCACGGACACAUGUCUUGUGUUGCACCUUAGCUUCCUAAAUUAGCUAACAAACAAACAUCCGGCAGAAGAGGGGAAGAGGGCCCUGCUAACGUCAGGCUAGCUGCUAGUUAGCCGAACGGCUUCUAAACGUACCUUCAAAUGUCAACAUUGGAUGGUUUCGAUGCUAAAUGAUGUGGUCCUUCUUUAAGACUGCUGCUGACACAACACAAUAUUUCUAGUUUGUUUACAUUGUCUCUCUGUGGUUGACAAUAAAAGCCCCACACUGUUUUUUCCCACUCAGAAGCUUGGAAACUAAAGGUGCAUAGUGAUGUAUCUCUAAAAUACUUUUUUGUCUCUUUCAGAAACUGAUAUUUGUUAUUUCAUUUGGAAAUCCUCAUAAAUGACCUGAAUGUCUGUGUGCUUUAUCACCUCACCAGACCCACACAGAGGAAAUGAUCGCUUUGACCGCAGCUAUUGUGGCACCAUUGUGGUUGGGACUUUUUCAUUAUGACACUGUCCUGCUGUCACAUGACGGAUCUGAUUGUACACUUUGAUGCCAUUUUAUAAAGAUGUCAGUAGAAAAAGUGA